UAACCACUGACCACUGACCACUGACCCCCCCGCCCCCCGCUUAUAAAUCUCCAUUGUUCGGGUGCGUGCGCGCCAUGAAACUAAUGCUCUCGUCUCUGUAAAAGGGCCCGGCAUCAUCUUCUCACCCUUCGUCAAUGCUAACAAAGAACAGAAAAAUUUUGGUAUUAUAGAGGAAAACGUGGAAGAGAAAAACAAAAGAAAAGAAGGGGUUUCGACAACUCUCUGUUGCAGUGGAACUGGAAAAAAACCCUAAUAUAAGAUGGGAGACCAGAAGAGGAAACGAGGUCGAAAGCCCAAGAAACCAGCUGCUGAAACUAUGGACCUCCAAAUGAACAAUAUCGGAGUCACUUCAUCGGCUAACAUCGAUGAUGUUUUUUCCGUCAGCAAUGUUGAAAUCGAAGAGGUCGAUCCUCCCACGUCCCGCAAGGGACGGGGUCGACCUCGCAAGGCUGCAAAGCAUGCCGAGAAAGCUGAUACGAGUGUCGUCGCUUCUCCAGUGAGAAAGACUUCUCGGACGGUCGAGAAUAAUGGAGAGUGUGUCAUUGCUGUCUCUGUCGCUGGAGAUCUUGCAAGACAUAGUUCGGUUAUUGAGCCACCACCCCGAUGGGAAAAUGUAGUCAAGGUCGUCCCUUCCAUGGAUGCGGUUGUUAAGGUGUUUUGUGUUCACACGGAGCCCAAUUUCUCACUCCCAUGGCAGCGGAAGAGGCAGUACAGUUCUAGUAGUAGUGGCUUCAUUAUUAGUGGGCGGAGGGUAUUGACGAAUGCGCAUUCUGUGGAGCAUCACACCCAGGUGAAGCUCAAGAAACGGGGGUCUGACACCAAGUAUUUGGCGACAGUGUUAGCCAUUGGGACCGAGUGUGAUAUUGCAAUGCUGACAGUUAACGAUGAUGAGUUUUGGGAGGGAGUUUCACCGGUGGAAUUUGGUUCUUUGCCUGCGCUACAAGAUGCUGUAACUGUUGUGGGCUACCCAAUUGGGGGAGACACGAUUUCUGUGACAAGCGGUGUUGUAUCACGCAUGGAGAUCCUGUCAUAUGUUCAUGGAUCAACCGAGCUUCUGGGUUUACAGAUAGAUGCAGCUAUUAACUCUGGAAAUUCUGGUGGACCUGCCUUGAAUGACAAGGGGAAAUGUGUAGGAAUUGCAUUUCAGUCCCUUAAACACGAGGAUGUGGAGAAUAUAGGCUAUGUCAUACCAACGCCUGUCAUUAUGCAUUUUAUUACAGACUAUGAAAGAAACAAGGAGUAUACAGGGUUUCCUACUCUUGGUGUUGAGUGGCAAAAGAUGGAAAACCCUGAUUUGCGCAUGGCAAUGGGGAUGGCAUCUGACCAAAAGGGCGUCCGUAUUAGAAGAAUUGAACCGACCGCUCCAGAAUCUCAAGUUCUGAAGCCGUCUGAUAUUAUUCUCAGCUUUGAUGGAAUUGAUAUUGCUAAUGAUGGAACAGUUCCAUUCAGGCAUGGAGAGCGUAUUGGAUUUAGUUACCUGGUUUCUCAAAAAUAUACUGGAGAGAAUGCUGUAGUUAAAGUUCUCCGUGAUUCGGAGAUUCUUGAGUUUAAUAUAAAGCUUGCGACUCACAAACGUCUCAUUCCAGCACACAUCAAAGGCAGACCUCCAUCAUAUUACAUUAUUGCUGGAUUUGUGUUCACGACUGUAUCUGUUCUUUAUCUCCGUUCUGAGUAUGGAAAGGAUUAUGAAUAUGAUGCACCAGUCAAACUUUUGGACAAGCACUUGCAUGCGAUGGCACAAUCAGAGGAUGAACAGCUUGUGGUGGUUUCUCAGGUGCUUGUGGCUGAUAUCAAUAUUGGUUAUGAGGAUAUUGUGAAUACUCAGGUUCUUGCUUUUAAUGGCCAACCUGUCAAGAAUCUGAAGAGUUUGGCCAGCAUGGUGGAGAACUGCAAUGAUGAAUUUUUGAAGUUUGAACUGGAGUACCAACAGCUAGUGGUUCUACAUACAAAGACUGCCAAGGCGGCGACAUUGGAUAUUCUUACAACGCACUGCGUACCUUCGGCUAUUUCUGAUGAUCUCAAGUCGUGAGGUAAGAGCAAAGUGGAAGUACAUGGAAUCACUUUUCUGCUAUUUCUGAUGAUCUCAUUUUGGUUUUUUGGUCAACCCAUGGUGAGUGUAAUGCUCAACAUUUUUAGUUGGUAUAAGCCACAAAUUGAUCAAGGAAACAAAGAAAGGGGCUGGAGUUGAGAAUGGUUCUUCCAAUUUUUAUAAGGUGCUGGGGUAUAGAAUUCAUCUCCACAGUCAGGUACAUCUCAAUGGGGAUUGGGAUGUCUAGUUGUAAAGAGGGCAGAGAAACAUGCUGGUAUGGAAUUGGUUAUGCGUGAAUUAAAUAUAUCAAUUUUGAGAAUUUAAAGUUGUUACUUGAUGUGUUGAUAGAAUUUGAAGGCUCUAUAUGAAAAGAAUGUGAACUUCCAUUGCCCCUUUUUUAUC